UGCAGCAGUCCAGCACCGGGGAGCUGAGGACUCUCAGGAAAGGGUUAUCCCCGUACCACUCUGAGUCACAGCUGUCAUCACUGCCGCAGUAUCAGGACGCCAUGCAAAAUGGACCAGCCCGCAUGACAUCUGACCUGGGGUCUUCUCCUGCAGCAGGGUAUGUCCCUGUUGGUCAGAAACCAGAGGCUGUCGUGCAUGCUAUGAAGGUCCUUGAGGUCCAUGAAAAUUUGGACAGGCAAAUGCAAGAUAACUAUGAAGAAGACCUGAGUGAAAAGGAGAAGGCGAUUGUUCGAGAGAUGUGCAAUGUUGUCUGGCGAAAGCUGGGUGAUGCUGCGAGCUCCAAACCCUCCAUCAGGCAACAUCUUUCAGGAAACCAGUUCAAGGGGCCGUUGUAGGAGCAGCGUCCUGUAGACUGGCAGUGACUCCAUGAAGACUAAAAGAGAGAGAGUUACUGUUUCUGGCUGCCUGGUCU